AUGACCGACGUUCGCACCUUCCACCCACCGACGGCACUCCUAGAUGCCCUAUGCUCCUGCAUCGAAACAGACAUCCACCCCCUCUCAGCAACCGCCGUAUCCAACGGCUCCAAACUCUUUGGCGCAGCCAUCCUACUCAAAUCCGAUCUGAGCGUGGUGUACGCCGAUACCAACCAAGAACGCGGCUCCCCAUUAUGGCACGGCGAAACCUGGACACUCAAACAAUUCUUCGAAAUCCCCGCGAGCCAGAGGCCCGAUGUGAAGGAGUGCCUGUUUCUAACCACGCAUGAGCCGUGUUCGCUAUGUCUGUCGGCGAUUCUGUGGAGCGGGUUUGAUAAUUUCGUGUAUUUGUAUACCUAUGAGGAGACGCAUUUUGUGUUUGAGUGUCAUGGGGAUUUGGAUAUUUUUAAUGAUGUUUUCAAUAUACGUGAGGGAGAGGUUGCGCGACAGGCGAGUCUAGAUGGUGUGCAGAGCCAGGUGCGUCCGCAGUAUAAGUUGCGUAGUGACAGGCUGGUUGCGCUGAGUUUUGCGGAGUUGUUGGCUUCUAUUUCCGACGGUACGGUGCAGGCAGAGUAUGUGGCCAAGGUGGAAGGGGUCAAGAAGAGCUAUGGCCGUCUGUCGGAGGCCUAUCGGAGGAAUAUGGGCGUAGAAUAG